AUGAUAUUGGGGAGGUCAGUCCACCUCUUGCAUAGCAAUGUUCUGAAAGCUAACAGAUUCGCAAACAUAGCUAGAGCACUUUCCAUUAUAACGCCUGCAAAUAAUUCAUUACGUAUUAUAUCAAACCUGAACAGACCCAUAAAGACAAAAAAAAACAAUAAUAUUCCGUUGUUUCAUUGUAAACUACACACGUCAAGUGUAAACCUAUUAAGGAAAAACAAUACUAACAACAAAAAAGGUGAUUUGGAUGGGGAUGAAGAAGAAGCUUUAAGGAGGAAGGGGUAUGAUAAUGCUGAUAUAGAGGUGGAAAGAUUAAAAAGAGAAAUCCAGUUUUUCUUGAAUGAAAUGAAGGGCAUUCCUACCCAAGAUUCAGAAGAAUGGUUGAAAAGGAAAAGGGAAAUCGAUGACCGUAUGAAGAAAUUAGAAGAAGCCAUGAAUAGACAGCAACACGAACAUAUCUUUCAACAAUCUAUGAAAGAUGAGACUAGCACUGAAUCUUCCCAAAAAAACAACGGCAAGGAUGACAAAGAUAACUUAAAAGAAGCUGAGGAAUCAUUUAAAAGAAAACAAGAAGAAACCAAGAAAAAGGAAGAAGAUUUGAAAAAAGUAUUAAAUGAUCCAAAGAAUCGUGCUUUUAUUUUGAGUUUGGGAUUUUUUGAGUUAUCCUUAAUAUUUUUGUUAGGUGCUUAUUUAUUUUACCACUUUGCCUUACAGGAAGAAAAAAGAGAGAUUUCGUGGCAGCAGUUUAGAUCCAAUUUUUUAGCCAAGGGCUAUGUAAAAAGGUUGGUUGUAGUCAACAAACAAUUUGUUAAAGUAGAAAUAAAUACAAAUGGUAAAAAUCAACCAGCAAACAGCAAUGGCGAUGGCUCUCUAUCAGAAGAUUACUAUUUUUUCACUAUUGGUUCGUUGGAGAAAUUUGAAGAACGUUUAGCCAAAGCUCAAGACGAUUUACAUAUUCCUGAUGAUCAAAAAGUUCCGGUGAUUUACACGCAAGAAAGUAGUUUUGGUAGGGCUUUUUUUCAACUAUUACCCACUCUAUUGAUGCUUGGUGGGUUAUUUUGGUUAAUGAGAAGAUCUGUUUCCUCCAUGGGUGGACCGGGCGGCCCUGGUGGUAUUUUUAGUGUUGGAAAAUCCAAGGCCAAAAGAUUUAACCAGGACACAGAUGUUAAAAUUAAAUUCAAGGAUGUGGCAGGGUGUGACGAGGCUAAGGAAGAAAUCAUGGAAUUUGUUAACUUUUUAAAAGACCCCAAACGAUAUGAAAGAUUGGGUGCCAAGAUCCCAAGAGGUGCUAUUUUAUCUGGACCACCAGGUACUGGUAAAACUUUGUUGGCUAAGGCUACUGCGGGUGAAGCUGGUGUUCCAUUUUAUUCCGUAUCUGGUUCGGAAUUCGUGGAAAUGUUUGUUGGUGUUGGUGCCUCAAGAGUUCGUGAUUUAUUUAAAACUGCUAGAGAAAAUGCACCUUGUAUCAUUUUUAUUGAUGAAAUUGAUGCGAUUGGGAAAGCUAGACAGAAGGGGAAUUUUAGCGGUGCUAAUGAUGAGAGAGAAAACACCUUAAAUCAAUUAUUGGUUGAAAUGGACGGGUUUACUAGUUCUGAUCAUGUUGUUGUUUUAGCUGGUACAAAUAGACCAGAUGUCUUGGACAGCGCACUAAUGAGACCUGGUAGAUUUGAUAGACAUAUUAAUAUCGAUAAACCAGAAUUAGAAGGUCGUAAACAAAUAUUCAAAGUUCAUUUAUCAAAAAUUAAAAUUGCUGGCGGUAUGACUGAUUUGCAAAACAGAUUGGCCGUUUUAACGCCUGGUUUUUCUGGUGCCGAUAUUGCUAAUGUUUGCAAUGAAGCUGCGUUAAUUGCUGCCAGAGACAAUGCCGAUUAUGUUAGACUGGAACACUUUGAACAAGCUGUUGAACGUGUUAUUGGUGGUGUUGAAAGAAAGAGUAGGGUACUAUCUCCUGAAGAAAAAAAAGUUGUUGCCUACCAUGAAGCGGGCCACGCCGUUUGUGGUUGGUACUUAGAAUUUGCAGACCCGUUAUUAAAAGUUAGCAUUAUCCCAAGAGGCCAAGGUGCCUUGGGUUAUGCUCAAUAUUUGCCCGGUGAUAUCUAUCUAUUAACCGAACAACAAUUAAAAGAUAGAAUGACUAUGGCUUUAGGUGGUAGAGUUUCUGAAGAAUUGCAUUUUCCAUCUGUAACUAGUGGUGCUUCCGACGACUUUCAAAAAGUUACACGCAUGGCAUCUGCCAUGGUCACUGAAUUAGGUAUGAGCCCUAAAUUGGGUUGGGUCAAUUAUCAACGAAAAAAUGACUACGAUUAUAGUAAGCCCUUUUCUGAAGAAACCGCUGCUAUUGUUGAUGAUGAAGUGUACAGAAUUGUUCAAGAAUGUCACGAUAGAUGUGAAUCUCUAUUGAAAGAAAAGGAGAAUGAUGUAGAGAAAAUCGCACAAUUGUUGCUUAAGAAGGAAGUAUUGACUAGAGAAGAUAUGAUUCAUUUAUUGGGUAAAAGACCAUUCCCUGAACGUAAUGAUGCGUUUGAUAAAUAUUUGAAUAGUAAGGAAACCGAAAAGUUGAAAAAGGAAGAAGAUGAAACAAUAGAAAAAGACCAUGAAAAAAGGGGAAAUGAAAAAAAGAAGAAUGCUGACAGUGAUACUGAAACACACAAGGAAGAUUGA